UCGCCCAUAUCCUCCAAAAAAUGGCGACCAACGACCCCACUCAGCUUCCCACUCCAGCGAAGUGCACAGCAGACUUCUGCCUCAUCCCAAUCGGCACCCCAACAGCCAGCGUCUCCCACGAAAUCGCCGCCGUGCAACGCCUCCUCAAAAAGUCCGGCGUCAAAUACAGCAUGCACUCCGCAGGCACCACUCUCGAAGGCCCCUGGACCACAGUCAUGAAUCUAAUAGGCCAAUGCCACUCCCUCCUCCACGCCAACGGCGUCGUGCGAAUCCAAUCAGACAUCCGGAUCGGGUCGCGGACGGAUAAAGUCCAAGGUUUCGAGGAUAAGGUCAGGGCGGUGGAGGAUUUGCUGGCUAUGGAUGGGAGGGAAGGGGAGGGUGUUUCGGUGAAGAAUGGCGAGGUGGAGGAGAGUGGGGAUGGGGAGGAUGAUGAUGAGAUUACGUAUCAGCGGUAG